UAAGCUUUGCUCUCUGAAUGUAUGGUUGUGACACAAACAGCUUCGGUUUUCCUGUAACAACAAAAGCGAGAGACCGUAAUUUAUGAAAAUGUUACAUUGAAGAGCACUGGCUUCCAGUCUUAUCAGCGGAACCCUGAGCUCUGUAAUGCAGGUCGGGGUGUGGGGCUCAGUUGUGUCUGAGAGGACUAUGUAAAGGACGAUUAAUUCAAUGGAGGAUCAGAGUGCAGAGUGCCAACUGGUCACAGAGGAGAUGGAGGACAUCUGCAUCCUGCAGGACAUGAGCAGCAUCAAAGGGGAGCACCAGGGGGGCGGAGGCGGAGAGGAGGGGGGCUCGCAGAACGUUGCCAUGGGGAUAAAGUUCAUUCUGCCCAACCGCUUUGACAUGAACGUCUGCUCGCGCUUUGUCAAGUCCCUGAACGAGGAGGACAGUAAGAACAUCCAGGACCAGGUGAACUCGGAUCUGGAGGUGGCGUCGGUCUUAUUUAAAGCGGAGUGCAACAUUCAAACGUCGCCAUCACCUGGAAUCCAGGUGCGACACGUGUACACGCCAUCCACCACCAAACACUUCUCUCCCAUUAAGCAGUCCACAACUCUCACUAACAAGCACCGUGGGAAUGAAGUUUCCUCCACUCCUUUGCUGGUGCACUCAUUGUCCAUUCACCAGCUUGCAGCUCAAGGAGAAAUGGUGUUCCUGGCAAGCAGGAUUGAGCAAGAAACCGUAAUUAACCUUCAGGACGAAGAAGGCUUCACUCCUCUGAUGUGGGCAGCAGCUCAUGGCCAGAUUGCUGUUGUGGAGUUCCUGCUUCAGAACGGAGCAGAUCCCAAUAUCCUUGCAAAAGGAAGAGAAAGUGCUCUGUCGUUAGCCUGCAGUAAAGGAUAUACUGACAUUGUGAAGAUGCUCAUAGACUGUGGAGUGGAUGUCAAUGAGUAUGACUGGAAUGGGGGCACUCCUUUGCUGUAUGCUGUGCAUGGGAAUCAUGUACGCUGUGCGGAAAUUCUCUUGGACAGUGGAGCCGACCCAACAAUUGAAACUGACUCAGGCUUCAAUGCCAUGGAUAUGGCUGUAGCUAUGGGCCAUAGGAAUGUACAACAGGUAAUGGAAACUCACCUGUUAAAGCUUCUUCAAGGAAUCAAGGAGUGACAUAAGAGAAUAAAGAUGACUACAGAGAUUACUUAAACUGUUAUUAAAAUACUUAAGCGUGAAAUGGGUAAUGGCAUUGAAGAUGUUUUGCAUGUUUUGCUUUAACUAUGCCAAUUGUACCUAAUGUAAAAAUCACAAUUUGUCAUCUGUUCCCUAAAGCAACCAUUAACUAGAUUAUUGUGCUUCUUGUGUGGUAUUGUACUGUAUAUCAAAUAGUAUAGCUGCACUCAAAGACAUUUUAACAGUGAGACAAGAAAUGUAUUAAGAAAGAUGUUUUACAUAAAUGAACAUGAUUAAUCAAUAUUUAUUCCUCCAAAUACCUUUUACUUCCAGAAUGAUUUAAUUAUUAUAUUUUAAACUUCAGCUAAAGUACCACCAAGAUAUGUGAGCUAGGAUUCAAGAUUAAUACAGCUUUUACAUCUGCUACUUUUUAUGCUUCAAAAUAAUUUCACAAUUCUUCCCAAUUUUAUAAAUGAUAGUAGUUUAAAAUAAUUUUAUUGUGGUGGUUUAAGUGACUUUCUUUUCUAGUUACUUUUUAAUUUAUUGACUGUUUUUGUAUUGACCGUGUUUGUAAAUCAGUCUCAGCCUGUUUUAUGUCUGUAUUAUUUUAGAUAUGUACAGUAUGGUGCAAGCAGAAGUGAAAUUGCUUUACCACUGCAGCAAAAGCAGGGUUCAGAUUUCAAUUUCAGGGAAGCUGCUUUUAUGUUGUAUUUUAUAAAACAGUAUCAAUUUAAA